AUGGCAUACACAGGUAUUGCCGCCACAUUAUUACCUAAUGGAAAAACUGUACACAAAACAUUCGGCUUACCAGUUCCUAUAUUUAAUGAUUCAUCAUCAAAUAUUAAAAUACAAUCUAAAGAUGGUAUACUUUUAAGAAAUACUCAAGUAUUUAUUUGGGACGAAGCGCCAAUGGCUCCAAGAUAUGCUUUAGAAAUCAUUGAUAGAACAUUAAAAUAUAUCAUGAACAAUGAUUUACCUUUUGGUGGAAAAAUAAUGGUUUUAGGUGGUGACUUUAGGCAACUGCUUCCGAUUAAAGUGAACGGUACGCGUAAUGAAAUAUUAAAUUUAUCUAUUAAAAACAGUCAUUUAUGGUCAUACUUUUCGAACUUCCAAUUGCAAACUAAUAUGAGAGUCUUACCGCACCAAAUUGAAUUUGCAAAUUACUUAUUGCAUGUUGGGAAUGGAACAUUGAACGAUCAAGAUAAUAAUCUACAGCUACCAGAACAUUGCAUACUGCCUACAAAUGAAUGUAUUGUUCAAAACAUUUUUGGCAAAAAUGUUGAUGUAGAUGAAAUGAACAAUAAAAUUACUGAUUUAUUUGAUAAAAAUAUAGAACACUUAUACACUGGUAUUGAUAGUACAGAUAACUGUGAUAAUGGCGAAAUGGAAGAUGUUCUUUUACCGGAAUAUCUUAAUUCAUUAAAUCCACCAAAUUUCCCUCCUUACAAAUUACGUUUGAGAAAAUUUUGCAUUGUUAUGUUGAUUAGAAAUAUAAGUCUUAGUGAAGGGUUAUGUAAUGGAACAAGGUUACAAAUACUUGAGUUUUCUAAUCAUUUGUUAAAAUGUAAAAUCUUAACGGGCGACAAACGGAACAAUAUUAUAUUCCUCAAUCGAAUCACAUUAUACUGUGAAAAUCAAUAUCCGUUCACUUUCAAAAGACGUCAGUUUCCAAUUCGAAUGGCUUUUGCUAUAACCAUCAAUAAAUCUCAAGGACAAACAUUGGACAAAAUAGGUAUUGAUCUUCGACGAGAUGUUUUUAAUCAUGGACAACUUUACGUAGCUAUGUCUAGAGUACGAGGAAUUACCUACGAGAAAGACGGAUCACGUACGAGACGAUUGAAGGACAUGCUAACAGAUGCAUCACUGCGGGCGUUAACCAGGGGUCAAUUCUGGGACAAGAUUUUUGGAACGCAAUUUACGACGACCUACUAA